AUAAAGUCAAGCAUUUUUGUAUAACUAUAAUCUAUCUAUCUAUCUAUAAACCAAUGUUUGAAUCUUGUUAGAAAUUGAAAAGGAAAAAAUAGAAAGUAGAAAAAAGAAAUGAGUGAGAUUUGUAGGGUUUGGUGUUUCAUAAUUCCAUUUUUCUUAAUCUGCAAUUUCCAUGGAGCCUAUUGCUCCUACGCAGGUUCCACCAACGCGAUCAUCGAUCCAACUAAAGUGAGACAGGUUUCAUGGAAGCCAAGAGCUUUUGUUUACGAAGGUUUCUUGACGGAAUUGGAAUGUGAACAUUUGAUUUCUCUAGCGAAAUCGGAACUUAAGAGAUCUGCGGUGGCGGAUAAUUUGUCCGGUGAGAGCAAAUUGAGCGAAGUCAGAACAAGCUCUGGCAUGUUCAUUUCUAAGAACAAGGAUGCCAUUGUUUCUGGUAUUGAGGACAAGAUUGCAUCCUGGACCUUUCUUCCAAAAGAUAAUGGUGAAGACAUACAAGUAUUGAGAUAUGAACACGGGCAGAAAUAUGACCCACAUUAUGAUUACUUUUCUGAUAAAGUUAAUAUAGCUCGGGGUGGACACCGGGUUGCCACUGUUCUCAUGUAUCUCACAAAUGUGACCAAAGGCGGCGAAACUGUGUUCCCUAAUGCCGAGUUACAAGAAUCUCCCCAUCAUAAAUUGUAUGAAACAAGUGAAGAUCUCUCUGAGUGUGGCAAAAAAGGAAUAGCAGUGAGACCCCGAAGAGGAGAUGCACUUCUAUUCUUUAGUCUCCACCCAAAUGCUAUCCCAGACACUCUCAGUCUUCAUGCAGGAUGCCCUGUAAUUGAAGGAGAGAAAUAUUCGGCAACAAAGUGGAUUCAUGUGGACUCAUUUGAUAAGGUGGUGGGUGCUGGAGGGGACUGUGCUGAUCAGCAUGAAAGUUGUGAAAGAUGGGCUGCCCUUGGAGAAUGCACUAAGAAUCCUGAAUAUAUGGUUGGAUCUACUGGCCUUCCUGGUUACUGUAGGAAAAGUUGCAAGACAUGUUAAAAGUGUUACUGAAUACUUUCCAGAUUCCUGGUAGUGAUUUUGCUUACUUUCCAGGUCCAUUGAUUCUCGAUAUGUAUAAUGUUUUUGUUACUGCUGUGGAUUAUAGUGUAUUUAUAUCUCAUUAUGUAUGUUAGCUCUCUGAUAAUGUUCUACUGUCACGGUUAAACUUCAAGAGGUACGUUCUUGAGUUGUGAAUUUGUAAUUGUAGGUGAUUGAAAUUUUUUCAUUGGUUAA